CACUAGCCUUUCAUUCCUAAUCCGUAUUAUUCAUCAGAAAAAGAAAUCCAUUGCUUCGCAAUUCUCUCUCCACCAGUGGCUUCAAACCCUAACCCUAGCUCGAUUCCUUGAUCUCAUUCAACGUCUGCAAUCGUCUCCGGGCUUCAAAUUCGUGGAAGGAUUCUAAUCGAAAGCUUUCUCUGCCAAAAAUUUCGACUUCUCCUUUGGUUGAACUCGAGGCUCUUCGGGUUCGAAGGUUUUAUUGGAGAUAUUCGAAGAAGAAUCGAAGUACUCCACGCGAAGUUUUCAGAUAUCUGCCAACUGCGUUGUUUGCUCCUUGGAUCGAUUGUUGGAGCCGAGGCCUUCUGAUCGUGUAGAUUUUGUUUUCCAGAAGUUUUCGAAGUUUGCCCUACUUUGUUAGUGUUACAAGAGGGAUUUUCUGUCUCUCUCUCUCUCUCCAUGAAACCGGUGGUUUUUUGCUCGGAUUGGUGAUGAUCGGCGGUGGAUGAUCUCCUUGACGAACUGAUUCUCUAGUAUUGAAUGCUCGUCGAAAUCCCAUUACUUAUUCCAGAUUCAUGUGUAAUUGAAUCGGAGAAAAUUCUUUGUAGGGUUCGUCUUCGAAGACCUUGUGAAGAGCUCUGCGCAGCGGGGGUUCGAUAUGUUUGAUCCUUAUUGAGUAAUUGAAAAAAUAGAAAAGAAAAAAGAGUUUGAAUUUUUUGUACCUUUCAAUUGAUUUCAAUACAAGGCCCUUAUAUUUUUUUUCAGAGGCCUUUUGAUUGAUAUAUGCUUCAGGGCUUUUGAUUGUUCCUAUUUUGGUAUAAUAUUUCUCUUAGAAAAUUUUAAAGAAUUUAUUUUUACCAUGGCGGUCUAUUAUAAAUUUAAGAGUGCAAAAGAUUAUGAUUCAAUUGCUAUGGACGGUCCCUUCAUCUCAGUUGGUACCUUGAAAGAAAAAAUAUUUGAAACCAAGCAUUUGGGAAGGGGUACUGAUUUCGAUCUUGUGGUCACCAACGCCCAGACCAAUGAAGAAUAUCUUGAUGAAGGGAUGUUGAUACCAAAAAAUACCUCAGUUUUAAUUCGUCGAGUUCCAGGCCGGCCUCGUAUGCCCAUUGUUACUGAUCCAAAUCCAAAGGUGGAAGAUAGGAUGGAAGAACUUGAACCUGAAAAGACUAGCUUUCCAGUAGCUGAUUCAUCUGUCAUGAAAUAUCCUGAUGAUUCGGAAUGGGAUGAUCUUGGGGGUGAUUUAUAUGAGAUUCCUGAAGUUGUGCCAGUUCAAUCCAGUCAUGUACUUCCAGAAGCUACUCCUACCAACAAAGCUGACGAGGAGAGCAAGCUUAAGGCUUUAAUUGAUACCCCUGCCUUGGAUUGGCAACGACAAGGUCCUGAAGGAUUUGGUGCUGGUAGAGGUUUUGGCAGGGGUAUGGGGGGAAGAAUGAUGGGUGGCCGUGGUUUUGGUCGAGCAGGAAUGGAGAGGAAAACACCUCCACAGGGCUAUAUAUGUCACAGGUGCAAGGUGCCUGGGCAUUUUAUUCAACACUGCCCUACUAAUGGAGAUCCAAAUUUUGACAUUAAAAGAGUGAAGCCACCCACUGGCAUUCCUAAGUCCAUGCUGAUGGCGACCCCAGAUGGCUCAUAUGCAUUACCAAGUGGUGCAGUAGCUGUGUUGAGACCAAACGAAGCUGCUUUUGAGAAAGAGAUUGAAGGGUUUCCAUCUACACGAUCUGUUGGAGAUCUACCCCCUGAGCUACAUUGUCCAUUGUGCAAGGAAGUAAUGAAAGAUGCAGUUUUGACAAGCAAGUGCUGCUUUAAGAGCUUCUGUGAUAAAUGUGUCAGGGACUAUAUUAUCUCAAAGUCAAUGUGUGUCUGUGGGGCUACAAAUAUACUUGCAGAUGAUCUUUUGCCUAAUAAGACACUCAGGGAUACAAUCAACCGUAUCUUGGAAUCUGGUAAUAGUAGUGCUGAUAAUGCUGGGAGUACAUUUCAAGUGCAAGACAUGGAGUCUGCUCGCUGCCCACAGCCCAAAAUUCCAUCACCUUCAAUGUCAGCUGCAUCUAAGGGAGAACAUAAACCAUCACCUGCCAAGGAAGAAACUUCAAGGGUAAUGUACAUUGCAGAUGAGCCGAAGCCUAUAAUAGCUACACAUCAAGCAGUAGAGAAGGUGAAGACUGCGAGAAUAGCUGAUGUAUCUGAAGCCACUCAUGAAUCAGUGAGUAUCAAGGAACCAGCGUCGCAGUGCAGUGCUCCACUUGUUGAGGAAGAAGUUCAACAGAAGCUAAUUUCUGUUGAGGCAGGAAAGAAAAAGAAAAAGAAGAAAAUCCGCAUGCCUGCUAAUGAUUUGCAGUGGAAAGCCUCUCAAGAUUUCGCAGUUGAUAAUUAUAUGAUGCCUAUGGGGCCUUCUACUUAUAAUCCUUCUUUUAAUCCCUCAUAUAAUCCUUCUACUUAUAAUCCAUACUGGGCUGGGAUGCAACCUGGUAUGGAUGGAUAUAUGGCCCCAUUUCCUGGACAGAUGCCUUAUAUGGGUUAUAGCAUGGGACCCUUAGACAUGCCAUUUGGUCCAGGUUUUGUUCCACAAGAUCCGUAUGGUGGUCAAGGUUGUAUGUACCCUGUUGUUCCUCCUCAGAGGGAUCUUGCAGAAUUUGGAAUGGGUAGGAAUCUAGCACCACCCCACCCUCUCAUGAGUAGAGAAGAAUUUGAAGCACGGAAGGCUGACUUGAGGAGGAAACGUGAGAUUGAGAGACGGGGUGAUAGCAGCAGAGAUUUUUCCAAAGAGCAGGAUUUUGGUAGAGAAGUGAACAGCCGCGGCGGCAACAGUGGUGGUGGCGGCGGCGGUGGUAGUGGACCGAUGAUGAAACCCAAAUCUGUGCAGAGACCAGUGGACAGAUCACCUCCCCCAGACUAUAACUACCGCCACCGUUCCGAGAGAUCUUCCAUCGACAGACCUCCCAGAGAUGUCGAACCUCCACGCCCACCCAAGAGAAAGUCUGACCAACACCACGACCGUGACCGUGACCGUGACCGGGAACGAGAUCGGGACCUCGACCAUGACCGUGAACGUGACCGGGACUACGACUAUCCCGAACGGGAAAGGGACCACUAUCAACGCCGGCGUUCAGGGUCAUCGGGCAGGCCGACUUCUGAAGCCUCAACCAAACCCCCGGCAUCGUCGGCUUCUGCCUCGGCAGCUGCUUUAGAGGCAGCGGCGGCGUUAGACCGCAAGAACAAGGCGAGCGUUUUCUCUCGCAUAAGCUUUCCGGAGGGAGAAGUCUCAAAGAAGCGUAAGCUUUCUUCUUCUCCGGCGAAUGAGACGUGCGGUGCUGCCACUGCUGCUGCUUCUUCGACUCACCACAAAACGGCGUCGUCUAACGGGUACUACGACGAUCACCACAAGUCUUCGUCUUCGUCGCUGAAGGCAGCAGCGGCAGUGAUCAGUGGUGGAGGAAGGAAAUCAGCUGCUUCUAUGGAUUACGAGUCUAGUGAUGACGAUCGGCACUUCAAGAGGAAGCCGUCGAGGUACGAGCCUUCUCCACCUCCCCCCUCGGCCGAUUUGGAGGAGCCAAAGCACCCUUCUAGAGGUUCCAGGGAUCGAGAGCGAAGCAAGCACAGAUAGAUAGAUAGAUAGAGGAAGAAGAAAGAGUAGUGGAUGUAAAGACUGAACCAACCAAAGCAUUGGCGACGGCAGGCAGCCAUGGCUCUUCUCGCACUGCUUCAAUGAGAGAAAGAGAGAGUGUGCGACCACUGGCCAGCGACCAUUAAAUGUUGAAAGAAACCCCACAAUUCGAAUUCGAAUUCGAAUUCGAAAUGAAAAUGAUGGGAUUGUUGUGUUGGGAGAGAGAACGUGGAAUACCAUUUGUUGUGUAUCAUUUCCUCUUUAUUUUUUCCCUUAAAAGAAACAAUUAUAAUGAUAUUUAACAAUAAAGUUUGUGACCUUUUUCUCUUUAA